AUGGAAUAUAAAGACAGUCUCGUCGUAAACUUUACCUUGCCUCGAAGGUUAUCAGCUAUUGCCGAUUCGCUUUGCCCGGAUGGAUUUUGGAACGAUGAUGAGCUAAUGUGGAACAAUUCAAAGACCAAUCAAUCAAGAAUUACAGAAUUUGAACAGUUUGUCAAAGCAAAGGAAUGGAAUUCUAAGGAACUAGAUGACCAACCUGUGUUUGUAACCGCGGCAUCAUCAAAUCAUUUCCAAGAGAUUGUGGAAAUGUUCAACAAUUUUAAUGAUCUACGGCAGCGUUUAAGCAGAGACUGGGCUCUUUAUUUCUUUAAUUUAGGUCUAUCUAGAAAGGAAGAAGAAGCGGUGCGUAUCAUGUGUAACUGUUCAGUGAAAACGUUUCACUUCGAUCAAUAUCCCGACCAUGUAAAAAAUUUAAAGGGAUAUGCCUUCAAGCCGUUAGUUAUUCAGAUAAUUGCAAGGAAGCACAAAUUUGUUGUUUGGAUGGAUUCUUCCACAAGAUUUAAAAAAGCCGAUAUAAACAUACUUCUUGACGAAGGGAAAAAAAGAGGUGUAAUUGUUACACAAACUGGCGGCACUGUUGCACGACGAACGUUACCAACGAUGUUUCAGUACUUUAGCACGCAUCCAUGCAGGUUCCGGAAUUUGCCUGAAUUACAGAGUGAUUCGCUCUUGGAUGACGGAAGCGCAUUCCAUAAAGUGAUUGUUGAUGGUAAAAACGUUUGCGAGAAGAGUUGCGAUUUGCAAUGGAAGUUCCGUUACUGCGAAGAGUUGCAGAGGCUAUACGACAUAGUGUCUGAAAUUGAUGAAGGCAUUAAACUAGAAAGAAGGGAUUGA